UAGAGAAGAGAAUCUUGAGGUUGCAUCGGUGGCUUAAAGUCCAUCGAAUAAAGUGAGAACACAUACUCAUUAUAAUGUCACCAUUUUACAACGUAAGGCCAAUCGAUGGUAGAGGAGGAAAGUAUCGCGAAGGAGCUGUUACAUUUGCGGAGUUACCUGAUCGCUAAAUAUACAAGUUGUGCGUUCAUUCGCUGACUAUAGGAGCUAACGAACUCAAGAGUUUGCAAAUUGGUGGAAUUGGAGUACAGUGUUGGCUGCUCGACGUAUAUAACCUCGAAUAUUUUCGUGGUGUAUAUUAUCGUGAAAAAUUACAGUUAUUACAUAUAAUCAAGCGAUCAAGCGAGUAUGGAAAGCAAACAGGACACAGUUAGGGUGAAGGAAGAGCCGAACGUCACCUGGUCAAACGCAUGCGUCGAUUAUAUUUUAGAUUCGAGGGACUCUUAUAAAGCAAAAAACGUUGAAAGAUUCUCAUUUUCUGAAUCAUCAGCAAAUUACAUAAAUGAGGUUAUGGCGUCACAGGAAAAAUUGGAUGAAAAAAUACUUAUAGAUUUGGAGUAUAAGUAUGUUAAACUCGAAGCAAAGUCUUUUUCGACAACCAUCUGUAAAACUGAAUAUCAGAACGUAAAAAUAGAAGACGAAAAUCAGACAAAUGACUUGCAUGGAAAAAACGUAGUAAUUUUGAUAAGAAAAGAAUUCGAUUACUAUAAUAAUUGUCAAUUUCCACUCAAUUUCCGAUGGAAUCGUAGUGAAUACAAAAAAGUGGAAAAUUUUGUUCAAAGAAGUUGGAGUAAAUUAUCUCACAAGGAUAAUACUUAUCGAAAAAUUUUUACGAAAAAAACAAGUCUAAAAAGACGUACAACGCAUAAGGGCAUUAGAUCAUUUGACUGUGAAAUUUGCCACAAAUCAUUUGGACAAAAAAGUAACCUGCAACGUCACAUAAAUGCAAUACAUAAUCGUAAAAAACCUUUUGAAUGUGACAUUUGUCACAAAUUAUUUGGUCGCAAGGUUACCCUCAAAACUCACUUGAAUAUAGUACAUGAUCGCAACAAACCUUUUGAAUGUGAGAUUUGUCGCAAAUCAUUUGGAUACAAAGGUGAUCUCAACAAACAUACAACGAUAGUACAUGAUCGUAUCAAACCUUUUGAAUGUGACAUUUGUCACAAAUCAUUUGGACAAAGACAAAGCCUCACACUUCAUGUGAACGCAGUACACAAUCAUGACAAACCUUUUGAAUGUGAGAUUUGUCACAAAUCAUUUGGUCGCAAAGAUACCCUCAAAACUCACUUGAAUAUAGUACAUGAUGGCAACAAACCUUUCGAAUGUGAGAUUUGUCACAAAUCAUUUGGACUCAAACAUCACCUCGAAUAUCACAUAAAUGGAGUACAUAAUCGAAGCAAACCCUUUGAGUGUGAUAUUUGUCACAAAUCAUUUGGAUUAAAGGGAAACCUCAAAAUUCACAUAAAUUCAGUACAUAGUCGGAGCAAACCAUUUGAAUGUGAUAUUUGUCACAAAUCAUUUGGGCAAAAAAGUAACCUUAAUAGGCACAUCAAUGCAGUACAUAAUUGUAGCAAACCGUAG